GCUUGUCCUACAAGCACCGCCCCGCGGCUCUAGCGGCACGGCACGCGCAUGCCUGGUGCGCGCUUCUGCCCUCUCCCGCGCCGCGCACCUCCCAGUCGCUCCCCGACGGGCGCGCUUUCUCGCGCGGGACCAGAGACUCCGAGAGAGAGGCGAUUGGCUGACGCGGAGGCUGCGCGUUUUGCUUGAGAAACUUUGGGGGAGUUCGUCAAGCCAGUUACCUGGGAGGUGUCGCGCGCAUCUCAGGCCCAGAAAUCCCUGGGAUUGGUGUAGGGUCCUUUGGACUUAAGUUUGGGAUCCCACCUGCAAGCCUUGGCUUCCAUGGCCUCCGCAAAGGACGACUGUGCGUCAGAGCUUCAAAUCUUGGAGCAAAAACCAGAGACAUUGCCAGAGCAAACAACAACAGAAGUGCAAAUGGAGGAAUGGUCAAAAGAUACAACCCAUAGUGAUCUUGAACCAGAGACUGCAGGGAAAAAUAGAAGUAUGCAACCGCAUGAGCUACUGACUGUGAAUUCUGCUGGUAGCAUGCAUCAGAUAUCCAGUGAAUUAGUUAAUAAAGCCACAUAUGAGGAUGCAGAACUGCCAGGGCAGAGAUCAAGGAAUUCUCAGGUCAUCAGUCCUUAUCCAAAUGAUGAGACAGCUUAUUGCACUACUGAAAAGCCCAACAUUAUGGAACAUAGAAAUAAUGAUUUGCAUUAUGAAUUCAUGAUUCCUUGUCAAGUUACUUCGGACUUAAAUAACGAGAAGAUAGUAGCAUUUCUUCUAAAAGAAUUGGACAUUCUCAGAACAAACAAUAAAAAGCUUCAAGAAAAAUUGACUGAAGAAGAUAAAGAACAGAGAAAACUAAAGCUUGAGCUGGAACUCCAAGAGAAAGCAACAGAAGCUAAAAUUGCUGAAAAGACAGCAGGUGUAGUAGAUGAUCUUAAGAAUCAUACACAAGCUCUGGUUGAAGAAGUAUAUUUUGCACAGAGGGAACGUGAUGAAGCUAUUAUGUCUAGACUGCGAUUAGCCUAUGAGGAGAGAGAUGAUGCUAUUGCAAGAGUCAAGCAUAUGGAAAUGUCUCUAAAAGCGCUAGAAAAUAUUAACCCUGAAGAAAAUGACAUGACAUUACAGGAAUUACUGAACAGAAUAAACAAUGCAGACACAGGGAUAGCUAUUCAGCAGAAUGGAGCUAUAGUUGUGGAUAAAAUCUACAAGACCAAAGAAUGUAAAAAGAGAAUAACUGCAGAAGAAAUGAAGGCAGUGAUAGAAGAACGGAAUGCUGCUUUGUCUCAGUGCAAAUGCCUAGAGCAGGAGCUUCAUCAUCUGAAAGAGCAAAACCAGACUUCAGCAAACAACACGAGACAUCUGACUGCUGAAAACAAUCAAGAACGUGCUCUGAAGGCAAAGUUGUUAUCUAUGCAACAAGCUAGAGAAACUGCAGUUCAACAAUACAAAAAACUGGAAGAAGAAAUCCAGACACUUCGAGUUUACUACAGUUUACACAAAUCUUUAUCCCAAGAAGAAAAUCUGAAAGAUCAAUUUAACCAUACUCUUAAUACCUAUGAAGAAGCUUUAAAAAACAGAGAGAACAUUGUUUCCCUCACUCAACAACAAAAUGAGGAAUUGACUACCCAACUGCAGCAAGCUCUGGCAGAGCGAGCAAACAUGGAAUUACAGCUUCACCAUGCCAUAGAGGCUUCUCAAGUGGCCAAUGAAAAAGUUCAUAAGUUGGAAAGGCUGGUGGACGUCCUGAGGAAGAAGGUUGGAACAGGAACCAUUAGGACAGUGAUCUGACUGAAAAAAAAACGAUAAUCUGGGGAAGCAAUCACAUCUGGUGACCAGGCUGCUUCAUUCAACACUGUGUAAACACUAAAGCCUUAACUUAGCAAACAGUUGUUAGAAGUGGGACACUCCAACCACAUUCCAUGCUGAGAUAAAAUCAAAUCACAAAUGUUUAACCACUUUGCUGCUGACUCGAGUUAUUUAUCCAAAUGUAUUAGCUACAGACUUUUACCAUUCGGUGGCUAUAAGAUUGUAGCUUAUUUUGUAACUAUUUUAUAUAUCAAUGUAUUUUAAUAUAACUUUUUACUGAAACAGCAUUAUAGAAACAUAGUCAACUUGGUCAGCAGCAUAUCUUCACAUAUGGCCCUUUUGGAAUUAAAAUGCAGCAAAGUAAAUAUUGUCAAAACCUUGACCCACUGUGUUGGGUCAAAACUUCAAAUAAAUGCAUAUUUCAAUAUAAAGUAUAUUAUUUCUUAACUGAUGAGAGGAGCUUAGACAUAAGAGUUUAUAAUCUUCCUUCAGUGCACACCUGUAAUCUUUGUUAGUAUUAAAGAAUACUAAGUAUAGAUACCAAGAAUUAAAUGUUUAAUUUGCUUUAAUAAGAGUUUGUUAACAUAAAUUACAUUCAUCAAGACAUGAUUUUUGUUUCAAUGUAAGUAAUGGAGAAUGUUUUCAAUAAAAACAGGAGAUUGUUAAAAUGUACUUACAAAUUAUAUUGUCAGUAUUUUUUAGUGUUUUGCCAAGAUAAUUAUCUCACUUCUAUGUAAGCUGUCAAAAUUGCCAAAUCUCUGUAUAUUAGUUGGUACAGUUUUUUGCCUGAAAAUCAGCAUGUGUCAACAUGCCUCUAUCCUAAAAGACAAAAGGCUAUCAAACCUGAUAAGCAUUCUUUUUUUAAUUUAUUUUUUUAUUGUGGUCUGAUAAUCAUUCUUUUUUAUUAUCAUUAUUUAGAUUAUCAUUUCAAUUUUGUGGUGGAAGAGGGGUAUCCAAAUGUGAUAUACAAAUGAAAUUAUAAUGUAAAAUAUAAGGACUUUGAAAAAAGUGAACCAGCAACUUGUUUCAAGUUACCUACUUUUUCUUUGAUUUAAGAAAUAACUAAAAAGUUACCACAUAACAGUCACUUCUAAUCAAAUGAAGUUAUGAAUAAAAACUGAGAUUUUAUGUACUGGCUUACAGGAAAUAUAUCUUCAUUUUUUUUAAGAGUGAAUAAAUGAGAGGCCAAUAGCAAAUGACUGUGCCUGGAACAGAAUGAAAUACAUGGGUAGAGAUUGAAUCAGUGAAAAUGUAGGCAAGUGAAAAACUUUCCAAGUCCAUACAUUUUUUAAAUUCAUCAUUAAGAUUGAAGUUUGGAAUAAA